AUGCUAGGAGUUUCCGGGUUAAUAGACAGUUCAGGGGACGGCGCCGCGGCGGCUGAAGCUCAGGAAAGUGGUGGUGCUAUUGGUGGCACUGGUGGUGGUCAAGUGGGUGUGUUUGAGACAAUUACUGGUGGAUUCAGUGAAGAAGAGAAGGUGAGAAUGGAGGAAGGAGAGAGAAAUUCUGGUGGAAACCGGUGGCCUAGACAAGAAACACUGGCUCUUUUGAAGAUAAGAUCGGACAUGGAUGUUGCUUUUAGAGACUCAAGUCCCAAAGGUCCCUUAUGGGAAGAUGUAUCCAGGAAAAUGGCUGAGCUUGCUUAUCAUCGAAGUGCCAAGAAAUGCAAAGAAAAAUUCGAGAAUGUUUACAAGUACCACAGGAGAACCAAAGAAGGUCGAUCUUCAAAACCAGAGGGCAAAACCUAUCGGUUUUUCGAUCAAUUAGCCGCCCUCGAAAAUCAUCCUCCUCUUCCAUCACCACAUCCACAUCCACCACGACUGCAAACUAUUAUGACAACGACGACAACGGCGGUGGUGGCAAUGCCGGGGAGGUCUAAUCCUCCUAUUUUGCCACAAGUUACUAUUCCAUCAACGACGAACCAUAUAACAUUCUCUCAAGAUUCUGCCAGACCAAUCGUAAACCCUAUAAAUUCUUCGCGGCCACCAUCCCAACCGACACCAGCACCAGCGAUAACACCAAUGAACACGAAUCUUUCUCGAAAUACUACACACCCAUCUUCUCAUCCAAACAUAUCUGCAAGCAUGUUGUCAUAUUCAACUUCUUCUUCUACUUCAUCUGAUGAACAGCCCGAAAGGCGGGGAAAGAGAAAGAGAAAAUGGAAGGACUUUUUCGAGAGGCUAAUGAGGGAGGUGAUGGAGAAGCAAGAGGAGAUGCAGACGAAAUUCUUGGAGAGAUUGGAAAAAAGCGAAUGCGAUCGGAUGAUGAGAGAAGAGCAAUGGAGAGUGCAAGAAAUGGCAAGAAUGAAUAGAGAGCAUGAUCUUUUAGUCCAAGAAAGAUCAAUGGCCGCCGCCAAAGAUGCAGCAGUGAUUCAGUUCUUACAGAAAGCAACUUCACAACAAAACCCCCAAUGCAGUUCCUGUGCCCCCAAUGCAAAUUCAAGUACAAUUGCCAGCAAAUACAUUGCCACCGCCACAAUUGCAACAGACACAACCACAGCCACAAUCACAACCACCACCACCACCACCACAGCAACAAACACUGCCACCGGCACUAAAAACUGA